AAGAAAUGUCGGGCUAUAUCAUUCCGCGUAUAUCUGUAAGGGACUGGCCGCUCCACUUGGAAGGCAGCGAAAGCCACAAAAACUUUACAGGCAUUUAUCAGAAUUAAAGUUAGAUUUUACAGAUUUGUGAUAAACAAGGCCCAAGAUCGGUUUGAAGAAAUGAGGGUGUUAUUAUUGGCAGUAAAUAACUGGUUGCUAGUGUAUUUCAUGAUGCUGCAGCACAGUAUGUCUAAUUUUAAUGAGGCAUAUGGUCAGUUGAUUUCAUCAUCUGACCAGGUGGCCAGCGAAGGAGACACUGAAGUAGUAAUGCCAUGUGACUAUUUAAAAGAUAGAUCUGAAUUACAAAUCAUUAAAUGGGAUGAAGUUAAUGAAGACGGAGGCAUUAUUGUUUCCGGUAUUGUAAAUGAUGUCAAGACAGUCAAUGGACGUUACACCCUCAGAACCAGAAAAAAUGGGAAAGCUGAUCUGGUUAUCGCAAAACCUGUAAGAAACGAUAAUCAAAGAAGAUUUAAAUGUGAAAUUCAACUAUUCGACCAAGACAAGUACAUCUUCUCAGACCAUCCUUCCGUCCUUACUGUUUAUUGUAGGUAUAACAGAUGGUUGCUAGUGUAUUUCAUGAUGCUGCAGCACAGUAUGUCUAAUUUUAAUGAGGCAUAUGGUCAGUUGAUUUCAUCAUCUGACCAGGUGGCCAGCGAAGGAGACACUGAAGUAGUAAUGCCAUGUGACUAUUUAAAAGAUAGAUCUGAAUUACAAAUCAUUAAAUGGGAUGAAGUUAAUGAAGACGGAGGCAUUAUUGUUUCCGGUAUUGUAAAUGAUGUCAAGACAGUCAAUGGACGUUACACCCUCAGAACCAGAAAAAAUGGGAAAGCUGAUCUGGUUAUCGCAAAACCUGUAAGAAACGAUAAUCAAAGAAGAUUUAAAUGUGAAAUUCAACUAUUCGACCAAGACAAGUACAUCUUCUCAGACCAUCCUUCCGUCCUUACUGUUUAUUACUUAGACGCACCUGUCCUCAAUUCCUCAACAAGUAUUGCAUAUGAAGGUCAGGCAGUGACCUUAACCUGCAGUAAACCCGACGGUAACCCACCCUCCAAUACCACAUGGUAUAAAAAUGGACAGGAGCUCAAUACUACAGACGCUAUUAGAUUUACUGAAAGUGAAGAUGAACUUGAAAUGCUCAUUGAAAAUGCAACGGGAGAUGAUAGUGGCAAUUAUACAUGUAAAUCUGAAAGUGAUCAAUUCAAAAGCGAAAAAAGCAAAAGCAGCUAUCAAAUUGGCUUGAAAGUAAUGUACCUAGAAGAGCCUGUUCUCCGCACAUCACAAAGCAGUGUUUAUGAAGGUGAAGCAGUGAAUUUGACCUGUAGUAAACCUGAUGGUGACCCUGUCCCUAAUUCUAACUUUUGGUAUAAAAAUGGAAAAGCUCUCGACACAGAAGACGCCAGCAGAUUUGCUAUUAGUGAAGAUGCACUUGAAAUACACAUUAAAACUAUAACUCGAUUUGAUAGUGGCUCCUAUACAUGUAAAGCUGAAAGUGAUGCAUUUAGAGGCAAUGAUGGCAAAACCAGUAAUCAAAUUGACUUAAAAGUGAUAUACCUAGAUGAUCCUGAACUUACAGCUUCAGCAAACAGUGUCUCUGAAGGCAAAAUGGUAACCUUGAACUGUAAUAAGCCAGAUGGUUAUCCUGACCCUACUAUCACAUGGUAUAAAGAUGGACAAGCAUGGAUAACCACCGACACUACUAGAUUUAUUACAAGUGAAGAUGCACUUGAAAUAUACAUUACAGAUUCAACUCCAGAUGAUAGUGGCAACUAUAUGUGUAAAGCUGAAAGUGAUGAAUUUAGAGACAAUGAUGGCAAAACCAGUAAUCCCUUCAACUUGGAGGUAACGGAAGACGCGCUCUGUAUAAAAAGGCUUGUGCAAGAAAGAAUACACAUCGAUAUGAACAGUUCGACAGAAAUAUUUAACAAAGGAGUAAGACAGGGAGAUCCAAUCUCACCAAAACUGUUUACUGCAGUAAUGGAGAACAUCUUUAGAAAUCUGGAUUGGAAUGAUAAGAGAAUAUUGGUGAAUGGUGAAUACCUAAACAAUCUCAGCUUUGCCGAUGACAUCCUAUUAUUUUGUCACCAUCCAGAGGAGGUUCAGAUAAUGCUAGAGGAAUUGAACGAAGAAAGCAAUAAAGUUGGACUAAACAUCAACAUCAGUAAAACAAAGGUUAUGUUCAGUAAAGAUAUAUUAGCAGUCUUGACAUAUUCAGCAGAAACAUUGAAUGGAGCAGAGUUUGAAAGUGACAGAAAGAGCAAUGGAACGUACAAUGAUGUGAAUCACAAGAAGGGAUAG